CAAGUCCAAUCCUGGGGGAAAGUCUAGCUGGAAAUGUUCCGGAGUCGAUUGCAAACGCCUAUUGGUCGAGAUGUCUACGCAUGUUUCCAUGCCUUGGUCCCUUCGCAAAAGGAACAGGAAACACAGUCUGAAAGGGGAAUAAACGCUUGCGGAGUCUCGAGAUAUCUAUCACCGGCCAUUUUCCUCCGUGAUGGCGAAAUUCCUGGGCUCAUUUCACUAGCAAGAUUGCCUGUUUCUACUCAGGCUCUUUUGUUUUCCCUCUCUGUGGUGUGCGGCUCAUGCGAGACACGGGAACGGGGUAACAUUGGAGUUGCAGCAAUCAGUCAAACACCAUUUGUGGCGGCCUUGAAUGCGGCAUAGCACUCGACUUUGAGAAAAGACUGAAGUCAACCAGCGCCUCUAUGAUCCGUGUUCCAUCAGAUCAGAGACGUAACUACCAAGAGCCUGAUCCUAGGCUUGGAACGGCUUAACUUGAGCUGCUGUUGAAUGUGAUGUGAUGUCGCUUGUGCAGCCUGUGCUUCGUCUUAGGCUGUAAAUAAUGCCAGUUAGCCUACACCACACUACACUUCAAUGCACCCCCGGCUCUCCGGACCCGAGCAGUCGGUUCUGUCCGUGAUGUGCCUGGGCUGGGCUGUUCUCGGGGUCGCAUCAGGCUGGCAGAAAGUUCUGUCCUCCUGCUGUGAUCUGUCAGGUCAGGCUGAGGGGAAUGGAAGCUGCCGAAGGGGGUGUAUGGAUAUGGAGAAGAGUUUCCGGGAAUACGAGCGAGUGCGUUUUGCAGUUUCCGGGCUGUCAAGUGCGCUUCAUCCCUUUUCUUGUCUUCCUUUCUGACUGCUCAAGUCGAGUUGGAAUCGAAGUCUCUUGCACAAGCGUCGAACGCAACUGGGGUUCCUCUCCCGGCAACUUACACACAAGCCAAGAAUCUUCGGACUUUGGUAUCUUUUCCGUGGCUGGGGGGCUGGGUCCAUUGGUCCAUGACCCACGGAUGCUCUUGGGCUUGAGCCUUUGCCGACGGGUACAUGAGUGAAAAUCACAUUGGAAGCUUCGCUCUUGGGGGCAUUUUUUCAUUGUUGAUUAACAAGGAUCAUCAACGAUGUGUCCCUGGGUAUGAAUAAGUUUGGGUCUGUCAAGGGUAUGAACAUGACAAGGGCAUCAACAACUUGACAUGGACAUGGAUCCUGCGGUAGGAGGAGAGACUAGAGAGAGGCAUGGGUCUGUCUGUCUACUGGACCUUUAUUAACCUAGUGAGGACCGAAUGAUUUAGGCAUGGAUGGGGUAUAGGCGUGUGAUAGGAAAUUGAACGACACUCCCUCUCCCAGUCCCUCUAUCGUCAUUCACUUAUUCAUCUUGUCUUCUCUCCCAUUGUUUGUUAUAUUUAUUAUCCUUCACCUGCCCCUCAGUGUUUACUUUGUCUUUUCGAGCCUAUUCCGACAUUCAGAACAGAGAAAGAAGGAUUCAUUGUAAUAUUUUGUGUAUCUUUAACCGAACCACAGGUCAUUUGAUUCUACUCAACUCUACUCAUCUACUUGCUUUACGCCCAACUCAAAAGUUCAUCACCAUCGACAUCUACCACUCUCUACCACGACAAUUGACGGUCUUUUGAACGUUGGUUUCGCAGCGCAUUAUCGCCGCGCGUGUCGCCUGGGGUUUGCGACUACAGCCACAAUAUUAUCUGGCACUCCGAUCCUCAUACGUUUCUUGCAACAUGUCUUCUCAUACAGUGUAUGCCCCGCCAUCACCGACGUCUCGCACCUUUCACAACUUCGAGCAACUCCCCGCAGAACUACGUGUCAAGAUCUGGAAUUAUAACCUCCCUCCUGCGCGCCUCGUGCCCAUGCAAUGCGGUUCCUCAUGGUCCGGCUCCUCAAGCUCCUUCUCAUGGUCAGGAUGUACCUCUUCAGCAAUUAUUCCCGCCAACCUCCACGCAUGCGCCGAGUCGCGCAGUGAAGCUCUGAAGUACUACGGACUCGGUUUUGGUUUUGCUCGUGGUCCUGGUCAGGUCUUCCUCGAUCCCGAUCGCGAUAUUCUCUACUUUGGACCUCGCGAUGGUUACAUGGCCGCAGACUCUCAGUUUCAAACCUGCAUGUCAAUGUGCGAUCCUGAAGAACUCGCUCUUGUGCGCCGCCUUGCUAUCAACGAUGCUCUAUUUUGGGUUGACACAACCUAUCGCUCCAUGACUGCCGCCAGUCUCACAGUCGAGUUGCUGCGUCGCAUUCAGUCGCGUAUGCCGGGACUUGAGGAGCUCAUAUUCGUUCCUCGCGCAGAGGAAACACCAGAGUCUCUAUCCUACAUAGAGCCAACCAUGGUCUAUGUCCGCAUGGCCCAACAGAUUGAAGUCGCUAUUCAAACUCUACGGCAACAAACCCCCGACUGGACACCACCCAAGUGGAGGAUUCUACCGCUGAGCGCUUUCCAAAGCGUCGGUGCUGCUUGAGAACAGACGUUCUUACUGAACAAGCUAAGAUGCUUUUACUCAUACCAGAUUUAGCCACUGAGCACAAGACCCUGCAGAAAGCAGAGAGCGUGGGGACGUUGAAAGGCUUAGGCUUCCUUUCACCAAUGAAAUACAAACGCUGAGCCUCCACGACACCCUCUCCUCCAAGUGCCGCAACCACCCACCAACAGGCUGGGUGAGGUUAUUUAAGAGACGCCAAUAUGGGCGUCAUCAGUCGUUUUCACACAUGCCCAGCUCGGCUCGGCAUCUCAUCUGCUUAUAGGCGAAGACAGCGACUGCUUUUACUUUAUACCCAUAUUCAUUUUCACAUUUUGGACAAGUGCUUCGGGCGGGAAAAACAGCACCGCUAACCAAUUCCACAUUGUCUUCAUUCUGGAAGUUACAUAGGAUUUCAUCAUCGGUACUGUGACUUAUCAGGUCACAAAAAGGACAUUUGGAAAGGAUCCAGUUCAUAGAGGGGGGCUUGCGGACGAUAUUUGGAAAGACUCGCGGCGUCAUUCGUGUCAGACUUCAACGGUGGGAUUCAACUCAAAUGCUGCCCGCGUCAUGUUUUUGUGUUAUAAUAUUCGUACAAAAGCUAUGCUACAAAACGAUGAGGCAAUCCAACGCCAGUCCAAUAAUGCAUGUAUAACAACACAUCUAUCAUAUCCUUCCACAUUCGUGAUUCGUUCAUUCGUUCGUUUAACGCAGAUGCAAUGCCUCCGUCUCUAGGUACUAAUGCUUACUCGCAGCCUCUUCCGCGGUACCGUAUACCCAUCCAUAUCCGCUGUGGCGGCGACUCCUUCCGGUGCCGUAUCGUGUUGCCGAGUGACGGCAUGAUGUUGCGCGGUGUUACCCCGACACGGCCGGAACCCGUCUAUUUUGCCUCGUCACCACCAGUGCCCAUGCCGAUGCCCUUCCGCCUGCCCCUGACAAGUGCCUCGAGUGCCUUUCCCAUGGCCGGCAGAUCGCCGAGCAUUGUGAUGUGGCCGCGCUCGGUACAGACACGACCGCCGCGAGCGAUAGAGUAGCCUUCCGGAAGCAUGGCUUCCUUGGCCAAGACAACGCCAUCACCUGGUCGGAAGAGAAGAUCGUCGUAGGCAUCAGAAUAGCAUAUACCCUCACGGCCAGUGACCUGGGCUGCGUACACCGUGGGAAUACUUUUGCCGUAUAACACAGCGUGAGGAGGAUAGGCGUUGGCUUCCUGGUGCCUUGGCAAGUGGGCCAAUUCUGAGCGAAACUUGCGAGUCGCUGCGAGUGUUCGGGUGAGAUAAUCCAAGUAACGCUUACGCUGCAGAUCCGAAGGCUUUGAUUCUUCCACAUUUGCACCACUUCCAUUGAGCUGGGGUGCGAUAGGGUUGUGAUCUCGGGCAGCCGCCGUUGGUGAAGGUGGCCAUUUCUCGCUCUUACUGUCAGCACGAGUCCGAAGAGAGUUUGGGAGGAAGGACGAGAAGGAAGAUGACUGAGGACGGUUGCGAGGCGGCAAAGCCGGCUGCAUACACGGGCUCAGAUGCCACCUGAUCCAUUCCUGAGGAUCGUAAAAGUCGAUGGGAUACUCUUCUCCCGUAUUCUUAUCCACAAAACAAAAACCAUCCUCAGGCAGAAAGACGAAGGACGUCCGCAUGCUGAAAUUGACGCUUGCUGUGAGAAGCUUCUCAUUCAGGAGGACUACAUCACCGUGGCGAAGAGGGUUCAGGAUAUUGACGCAACGUUGCGGUGUGCCGCAGUACAAGACCCCUGAGAAGAGAUCAGGUCUCUGGUUGACAGCAUGCCGUGUGAUGAUACCACCCAAACUGUGAGAUAUGACAAGAGCUCCACGAGAUCCAGCCGGUGUCCCUCCUUGGUUUGAAGGGAGUUUUUGGAGAUAUUCUUGUAAUUUACGAGACAGUAAAUGCGGGCUCAGGCGCCAGUCAUAACCAUAGUCCCAAAUUCGCAGCUUUCCCGAUCGAGCAUUAUCGCACGAGCGCAGUCUCUUGAUAAACUUUCGAGAGACGUCGACGGGGCCGAUGUGUUUCAGCAUACCGUCAGGCUUAAUAGUUUCUUCCAUUCUUUCCUCGUCCUCAUCCUCUAAGCCAACUUCGAGAUUGACCUUUCGCAUGUUGAGGCCGAGUUUCACAGGGGCCCAGACCUGUUGGUGAGGUGGCUCGGCAGAUCGUAAGACGGAACCACGGUAUCCGCCCAUAAUCACCAAGUCCCCAGUCAGAGACUCCAGGACGCGAUCGAGAACAGCAGAUCCAUCCUUUGAGCUGACAUCGAAGUCCUUGGGGGGCUGAGCGCGAGUUGGUGACGGUUCGGGUGAGUGGAAUGCACCGAGUGAAUGAGUUGACUUCCGUGCUUGGCUGUAAAGCUUGGGCAGGCUAGGCAUCUUGAAGUUUGGAACGUCAGGAAGGCUGUCUUUCAAGGCCAUGAACCGAAUAUUGACCAUUUCACGAACAUCCUGGAAUUGUUCGUCGUCACCGAGAGAAGAAGUGCGAGAAAGACUGUGAUAUAAGUGACUCUCAUCAGAAGUGACCCGUCGAAGAACCCUGGGUCGUACAGACGCAGAGGCUGCGUUAGGACCCCGAGGAGCAGAAGCGAGUCCUCGAGCCUGUUGCGGAGACGGACUAGGCCUCACUUGAGAGACACCAAGCGCAUCAGAAGGAAUAUGAGGCGAAUGCAGGCGGGCUGCUGGUGAUGAGUGACUCGAGACACCUGACGUACUGGCACUUGCUUUGUCGUGUGAGCUGGAAAAGAACGAGUUUGACAUCGAGGGUAACAGAUGCGUCGGAGGGCUAAGAGAAGGCCAUGCUUUCUGCAGUCUCCUUAGUGCUUCUUGGCCUGCCGACCUGGAACGAUUUCGAGCUGGAGCUAAGGCAUUUCCCAGAAUACUUCCUGAUGGUCUGCUUGUGGAACCUUUGGUUGUAGGCUUCGGCUGAGCCUGCCAGGGUGAAGGCAAAGCAUUUCGGUACUGCUGAAUGGGCGAUACUUUUGCGGGUGGUCUCUCUGGGGUAGCAAUCUGUGGUACCUGGGGUGUUGUCUCGGGCGAAGAUGAAAGAUCAGGGCUUGUGUCACCGUGUUUAUCGAUGGGCACAUCGAACAAUCCGGCUCGACUCUUGUCCAGUGCUAAGGCUUUCUCGAUGGCCGGCGUGUUUUGUGAGGUCAAAUGUCUAGCAGCAUCACUAAGAGCAGGUUGCAAUAUUGCCUCAGCCUCAUCUUGAUUGCAAAUGAUUGAGUCAUCAUCAUCCUGAAUAUCUGGACUUGGAAUAUCAGGUAGAGGUUCAUUCGGCGGUUUCGUUGCCAUGGCUCACUUAAUUGAGCCCAGUUACAACCCCCAGCCUGACACAACCAGAAGACAAGAACGGGAGUUUGGGUUGAACGGCGGGCUUUGUGAAAAGGACCGAGGUCUGUGUGUAUGUUGAACAGGCGACUUAGCCGGCAAGACGCGACACUAGGAGAAGAGGUUAUUUAAGGAAGGUAAAGCGAAGGAUUAUCAGGCAUGGCAGCUGUGCGGUUCUUGUUUGUUCCUCGGCCUAAAACAAAUCACGGAGACGGAGAAGACAGACGGUGGAGCUAGGCCAGAGAGAGAUCAGAAAGGAAUCACUCAAUCUGUCCAGCAAUGCGGCUGUGUGUGCUGAUCCGGGAAGGCCGGGUGUGGAUGGAUCCACGAUUGAUGGUUGGUGUUUAGGUAUAUGCCGUUUGUUCUCUUUCGUUCUCGUAUUGACUGUUUCGGGCGGGUGAGCGCAACGUUGCUUAUGAAGUAUUAUUGUCUUUAAAAGAAAGAAGGAAGUCGGCUUUUGAAGUAUCGAUUACGGAUAGUCCUAGUGGAAGCUCCCAAGCAUUGGCCCUGAUCGUCGUUGAUUUAAUGAGGUCAUGGUGUAAUGGGAUUAAAUAAACCGCGGAUUCUGGACCAAUUACGGGCCGACAAGCUGUUUUCUGGGGAAUUGAUCAACAGGUCAUAGGGCGAAGUGAAGGCUGAGGCUGAUGAUGAUCAAUUGUGUAAUCGUAGGUUGUCGUAGGUCGUCGUUAUUGAUGCUAGGGAUAGGUAAUGAUACGCCUAGAACUGAUCAACUUUUGGUGUUAUACAUAUCUUUAGUCUCUUACAAC